AUGCCUGUAAAGGCGGUGCAAAUCUGGGAAGUCAUUGGUGGCGCAAUUUCUGGUGGUCUGCUGGUGCGCACGGGCAGAGGACUAGGCUCUGGCCGCGAGCCGCAGCGCUUGCGGACAGGCUCCGUCGUUGAAGAGUUGGAGCUCGAUGGCGACAGACUCCAUUACAAGCUUCUGGAAGGUGCUGGGCCAGUUCACGGUUGGGUCAGCACGAAACUCAAUGACCGCGACCUGCUCCAGCGGUGCACGUCCACGGCCUGCGGGAGAACAGCGGUAAACUCCAAGGAGAAGUUGCAGAACGCAGCCACGUUGCAGGUUGCACAAAUGGAUGUGCUUGCAAUCGCGCUGAAUGUGGCUUCGCUGGUGCAAACGGGGCCGCACUUCAAAGUCACGAAGGUGUGCAGCGAGAGCUUGCUGGAAAUCGCCCCCAGCGACAAGAGCGUAAGCUUCGAUGAUUUCUGGCCAUCUGACUGCUCUUUGACGGCUGACCGUCGUCACUAUUUGUACUGGGCCAUUGUGUGCAGUUCAUCUUGCGACACUUGGACGCUCGCCUUGGCGUUGACGCUCAAGGAGCUCUCCGACUAUGGUGUCAUCAUUACACAUGACUCCCGACCUGUCGUCAACCUCGUUGUGCUGAACACUCCUAGCAUGGACGUGGGCGACCUUCUUCCUACUUCAGUGGACUUGCUUGAGCCCAUCUCGGGAGCUCGCGUCUCCAUGUUCAGCACUCCUGCGUCUCAACUGGCUUUGAAGACCCUUGGGCCUGAAGUCCAAGAACGACUUGGCUGGGGUGUCUCGUCGAUGUUUGAUGAUGACUUGCGCAAUACCUUUGCCGAAAGAUUCGGAGAGAGGAGCCUAUCGCAGACUGUACCUCACUGGUGGAUCGCUGCCAUUGUCCAAGGAGACCAUGGUCUUUACAUGGUUCAUGUGGAUCUGUGCGGUCCCGCUUACGGAACCUUUUGCCGCAGCACCAGUGCAUUGAAGUCCAUGCCCACUGGCAAGGAGCUGCCGAUAGACUACUUCAUCACGCCAUGCUACGUGAUGACCCCAUUCCAGUCACAGCAGAUGUUUUUUGUGCACCCCGAGUCCCUGAACUACGCGCCUGCAGAUGCCAAGUUCACUGCACUUCAUCAGAUCCGCCACCUGCGUUGCUUCUACCACGGCCACAGCAGCUAUAUCACAGCAACCCCUCUGCCAAGCUUCGUGGACGAUGAGAAGUUGAACAGCUCCUGGUUACGGCUUCGAUCGCCGACCGAAGAGGGAAUUGACACUGACACCGUGCACUCAUGGAAGGAGGGAUUGCAGUCGAUUGCAUUCUUCUUGCGGGCCGAGAUCUUCAAGGCUCUGGAGCCAGGAACUUACGUCGAAGUCGACUCUUCCUGUAAGAGCGCCGAUUGCGCGGGCAAGCUAGGCAAAGUCUUGCUUGCAGCAGAGCGAAGUACUGAAAAUGCGGACCUCCUGAUUCAGCUCGAUGGUGUGGCUGAACCAGUUCGCAUUGAAUCCGUUGCCCUGAAGAUCUAUCCAAGGUACGUCCAGUAUCUGACCCUAGCCGAGAUGUCCGAGCUGGUGAGAUUUCAGCUGGCCCUUCUUGACCCAGAGUUUAGGCAUGCUUGCAAGCAAGCCCCGCCGAUGCCCAGUGAUCUCAUUGGCUACUUGCGCAGGGAACACUGGUGA